ACAGCAUCUUACUGCCAGGCAAAGGAAGCAGUCCAGGAGACACACACACACACACACUCACACACAGCUCAGUAGGAUCUAACCAGCUGUUUCCAGGAGCAUCUCCUGAAGCCUGAGCAGGUUGUGGAUGUUUGGACUUGAUGUGUCUACGCAUGGAGGAAUCUUGAGUCUCUUGUGCUCUGAGGAUUUAUUCUCUAACCUGUGGCAGUGCAGGACUUGGGACUUGGACUUGUUUUGGCACAAAACCCUGGCUCUGGAUUCUCGAGCUGAAAACUCCUCCCAAGGCUUUUUCAUACCUCUUUUUUUUUGUCAUUAGCACCAUGCUUUGCACCUGCUCUUUGUAGCAUGACUGCUGUCAACAGUUUGGACUGUGUGUGAGAGCUAGCCAGAGUCUCUGUUUGUUUGUGUGUGUGCUGUGUGGAUGUGUGUGCAUCAGGAUGAGUGUUCCCAUGUUAAAGAUUGGUGCGGUGCUCAGCACCAUGGCUAUGGUAACUAACUGGAUGUCCCAGACUUUGCCAUCCCUGGUCGGACUCAAUGGAACCAUCAUCUCCCCAGAUGGCACACAUGAGCGGAUCGUCAGUGGUUUGUACCCGGGCUCAGAGGAGGGCUGGCAGGUUUACAGCACGGCUUCGGAUCCUGACGGCAGGUGUGUUUGCACGGUGGUCGCUCCGGCACGAAACCUCUGCAAACGAGACCCUCGGAGUCGACAACUACGCCUGCUGACUGAACAGGUUCAAAAUGUGAGUCAGUCCAUGGAGGUGGUGGACCUGCGGACAUCCAGAGACCUGCAGUACGUCCGAGACUCGGAGCCACUGCUGAGAGGAGUGGACGGACGUCUACACACUUAUGUUGCCAACCCUCGCUCUCUGACGGCUAAGGGCUUGCAGGAGUUGAAGGGCCAGAUGUCUCAGCUCCGCCCCCUCCUGUCAGUGGUGGAUCAGUACAGAUUGGACCUGCAGACGCUGGCCACCCUGCGAAUGGAGCUCCUCAACCUGUCAGUCAUGUUGGCAUCCAUCCAGGAGGAGGUCGGAGCGUACGACUACGAGGAGCUUCAGCAGAGGGUCUUACUGCUUGAGACCAGGCUGCACAGCUGCAUGAACAAACUGGGUUGUGGUCGGCUGACUUCAGUGAGCACCCCGAUCACCGUGAGAGCCUCGGGGUCCCGCUUUGGUUCCUGGAUGACUGAUGCCAUGAUUCCCAGCUCCGACAGCAGGGUGUGGUCGAUGGACGGCUACUAUAAGGGCAGGCGUGUGUUGGAGUACAGGACCAUGGGCGAUUUCACGAAGGGGCAGAACUUUGUGCAGCAUCUGUUGCCUCACCCCUGGGCAGGAACAGGCCACGUGGUUUACAACGGAUCCCUGUACUACAACAAACACCAGAGCAACAUCCUGGUUCAGUACCAUUUCCGCUCUCGCAGCGUGCUCCUGCAGCGCAGUCUGAGUGGAGCCGGGUACAACAACACGUUUCCCUACAGCUGGGGAGGAUCGUCUGACAUCGACCUCAUGGCUGAUGAGAUGGGACUCUGGGCUGUCUACACCUCCAUCCCAAACGCUGGAAACAUAAUGGUGAGUCGUCUGGACCCUCGCUCGCUUGACGUCCUGCAGAGCUGGGACACGGGGUUUCCUAAGCGCAGCGCAGGGGAGGCUUUCAUGAUCUGCGGCACUCUGUACGUCACCAACUCCCACCUGGCUGGAGCCAAAGUCCACUUUGCGUACAACACCAACUCCUCCACAUACGAGUACACCGACAUCCCCUUUCACAACCAGUACUCUCACAUCAGCAUGAUGGACUACAACCCCCGAGAGCGAGCGCUGUACGCCUGGAACAACGGACACCAGGUGCUUUACAACGUCACACUAUUUCACGUCAUCCGGAGUGACGGAUAAAUCGACACGCAAGAAAAGGUGCAAAAAGAGGGGGAGGUGCAGUAGAGAUGGAGUUUUUAAAGGGGACUUAAACUCACACAAAAAUGUCUAUUCACAUCAACAGGAAACAAAAACUGUCAGUAUAUGAAUUUGAAUGACCUCUAGACUGCAAAAGCUCACUGAGCUAAUAACUGGACACAAAACACAUUUGCUGAAGCUUGAGUUUAUCUAUGUUCUGUUAUGUUUCAUUCCACUCGUGUCUCAAGAAGUGAAUUUGAAAGUUGAGGUCGAAUUGUGUCAUAAAAAAAAAAUAGAGCUCGGGACUGGAUAAGAACUCGUCUAAAUCCUUGAGCAAUGACGACGGACCUGAUGGAGGGAUUCUGGGUUUGUGAUGUGAUCGUGGACGUGUCAAGUCAGCAUGGUUGUUCAUUCAAUAAAACAUUACUGUCAAACUUU